AUGCUUUUAUUCUAUUAAUAAAUCAUGUUUCCACCUAUGUAUUACGUACAUGAUUCAAGAAUUUUUCUUCCUUAUUUUCUCUAUUGGGUUCGUAUUAUUGGCGAAAAGAUUUUUAUUCAAAUGCUAUGAAAUUCUAACCGAAUGCAAUCUAAAAUGCGGAAAAUUCAAAUCUGUUCUACGAAUGAUUAAAAUCAAGUAUGAAUUACAGCCAUCGUUUUUCUUAUUGCGUUUCUCGUUCUAUUACAUAGAGUAUACUACAUUUGAAAAAACAUUUUCUAAAUUCAACUUUUUUCCCUUUUUCGUCAAUGAAGAGACCACGAAUUUUAUGGUCCAUAUUUCGUGGAUAUCACAUAAGACAAACACAAAUUUACUACCAUUUUUUUUUUUCAAUCCGAUUCGCUUAAUGCAUACACAUCUCAAUCGUUUCAUUUAAUUCAAAACAUAAGAUAACAGUGAGAAAAGUGAGAACUGGUCAACAGUGUAGUAAAAUCUGGUCUGGAUCAGUAACGCGUGUUUUUUAUGGGGCACACUAGAUUUGGUUUUUUUGACAUUUGACUUGACGUAAAUAAUAGGCAAUGAAAAUCUAUACACACAUUUUAUUUCGUACUGCAUUUUCUGAAGCGCAGUGCAAAACAGAAUUUCGCAAUUUGGAGAAGGAAAAUUAUUAAAAUUGCACUUGGCUGUUUGAUGCAUUUACAGUGUGACAUUGUAUAAAAUCGAUACGUUUGAAGUUCAAAGUGAUAAAUAUUCGUCGCAUUCGGAGUAUAAAGUGAAUUUUUGACGAAAAAAAGUUCUAUUUGAUUACAUAAACUGGUUUUAAAAUCUGCAUAACGUGAAAUAUCAAUUCCAUAUCCGUAAACAUUUUUUUUCAUUCUCUUUCGUGUGCGCUCCUGUAUUUUGCAUUUGCAUGACAAUCGUCGACGGUUGCUUAGAAAUGGUCAACAUUCAUUGAAUGCUUUUCCAUCGUUAAUGGAAUAUGACAUCAAUGGAAAAUAUGUUAUAAAAAUCCGUCAAUAGAAAAAGCGCGUGUGAAAAUAACAAGAAAAAAAAAACAUAAAACAAUGGUUACAUGGAACACAAACAAGCGAAUAGUGCGUAUUUUGUUGGUGGGCGAUCCAGGCGUUGGGAAAACAUCUCUCAUUUUAUCAUUGGUGAGCGAAGAUUUUCUCGAAGAUGUUCCACCAAAAGCAGAAGAAAUCACUAUUCCGGCCGAUGUAACGCCUGAACAAGUACCAACCAACAUCGUUGAUUACAAUGCAUCUGAACAAAAUGAUGAUUCAUUGCACGAGGAGAUCAACAAAGCACACGUUGUUUGCAUUGUGUACUCAGUUGAAGAUGAAUCGUCGAUGGACCGCAUAAGUGAAUAUUGGUUGCCAUUGAUUCGUGACUCGGUGAAUGAAAGCGAACAACGUAAACCAGUCGUUCUAGUAGGAAACAAAAUCGAUUUGAUUGACUACUCAACCAUUGAUAAUGUGCUCGGUAUAAUGGAAGACUUCCCCGAAGUAGAAAGUUGCGUGGAAUGUUCGGCAAAAACUCUACACAACAUAUCCGAAAUGUUUUAUUAUGCACAAAAAGCGGUACUUCAUCCGGCGGCACCUCUAUAUUCGAUGGAAGAUCAAGAUUUGACUGAAAAAUGCAAAAAGGCUUUGGUUCGAAUUUUCAAAAUUUGCGAUAUCGAUGGUGAUGGAUUGCUCAAUGAUUUUGAAUUAAAUCAUUUUCAACGGCGUUGUUUCAAUGCCCCGCUUCAGCCGCAGGUACUUGAAGAGGUGAAAGCUGUGCUCAGUAAAAAUGUACCCGAUGGCGUUGUCAACGAUGCCGUCACAUUGAAGGGCUUCUUAUUUUUGCAUUGUUUGUUCAUUCAACGCGGUCGAAAUGAAACGACAUGGGCUGUAUUGCGUCGUUUUGGCUACAAUGAAACCUUAGAAAUGUCAAAGGAGUACCUACAACCGGCUAUCAAAAUACCACCGGGCAGUAGCACAGAGCUAUCACAUCGUGGUCAACAAUUUUUAACUAUGCUAUUCGAGCGGAAUGAUCGUGAUUUAGAUGGCGCCCUGUCGCCAGACGAGCUCAAAUCACUGUUUUCAGCUUGUCCAGCAUUGCCGUGGCCAUCGCUAUCCGAUCUACGUCGCAUAGUACCAACCAAUGAAAAAGGUUGGCUCACACUUCAUGGCUGGAUUUGCCGUUGGACACUUCAAACGCUGGUCGAUUUGCCUCGAACUCUGGAAUAUCUCGCUUAUUUGGGAUUUAAUGUGCACGAGAACGAAUCACAAUUAACCGCCAUACAAGUGACACGAGAACGAAGACUAGAUUUGGCUAAGAAACAAAGCAAUCGCACCGUGUACAUGUGUCAUGUCAUCGGACCGAAAAGCGCUGGCAAAACAGCAUUGUGCCGGGCACUCAUUGCUGAGGAUAUGAAGCGAUUGCUCGAACGAGAUUUUCGAAGUGGCUCACAUUAUUGCAUCAACAGUGUACAAAUUUAUGGUCAAGAAAAGCAUCUGGUUAUGCGUGAUAUUGAAGUUCGUCAAGUAUUGGAUCCGUUGCAGCCGCAGGAUGUUCAUUGUGAUGUGGCAUGCCUAGUCUAUGAUACAAAUAACCCCAAGUCAUUUGAGUAUAUUGCUCGGAUCUACAUAAAGUAUUUUGCCGAAAGCAAAAUUCCCGUACUGAUCACAGGCACCAAAGGUGAUUUGGCCGAGGUGCGGCAGGAAUAUCUAUUGCAGCCCGCCGAAUUUUGUCAGAAAUAUAAAAUCCUACCACCGCAAAUAUUUAGUCUGAAGCACAAUAAAAAGGAUUUAUACGUGAAGCUAGCUACAAUGGCCGCAUUUCCGCGGUUUCAGGCAGCAUGGAUAUUAUUUUACAGACAUCGUUUGGAGCAUCUUUGGGAUUCAACAAAUCUGAGACACUUCGGUCUCAUGAGUUCGGAUCCGCAGCUAUGGUGGAAGGCUGGCAUUGGAUUGGCGGCAGCAACAUGCUUCGGUUAUUUUAUAGUUAAGCUUUUUCAAAGAUCAACACCCAGCUAAAUGCGAUCAUAAACUUUUUACGUUCAAAUAGCUUCUCUUCAAUCACAUACAUUUAAAACAAAAGAAAAUCAAUUGAAUAAUUAUCGUGUAAAUAUAUUUUUUUAAGGAAAUCAAUUUGAAAAAGAAUCAUAUGAAUAAACAACAAAAAAAAAGAAGAAAAACAUUCAUCCAGUCAAAAUAAUCGGUCGACCCAUUUGUGUUAUAAUCAAAACAGAUGAUUAAAAAAAAAAUUGUGAUGUAUUUAAUCAUAGUUGUUGACGUAACGCGUUUAUUCAUCACAGCAAAUAAAACUUCCUUCACAUUUACAAAAUUAUGAAUGAAUCGUAGUGUUUUUAAGGCCAAACAAUGUUGACGUUGAAUCAUGCAACAAAAUAUAGUAACAGAUCAAUAAUCCAA